UCGGAGAUGUUCCGGCCUGCACACCACCCGUGAGUGGACAACUGCCUACGUUGCCCCUUACUGCAGAGCUCUGCACCCGCUACCGCCGCCGGAGGCGCGGCCGCCCACCACCAUCAGGCGGCAACAACCACAGCAGAUUGCGCAGCAGGUCCAACGUAGACAACCCCACGCGUCCCUCACCCGCCGAGUUAUACAGACUUUACCGAGAAGCUUCAAGCUUCUACAAUUUAACUGCAACGGACUCACGAGUAAGGUCGACGAGAUAGUUGACUUUAUGAGCCGGUACAGUAUUAAAAUAGCUGCGGUCCAAGAAACCAAACUACACGCUAGGUCAUCUCUGAUCACCAGGGAUGGCUAUAACGUGCACCGACUCGAUCGCGAGCGAGACAAUGGUGGUGGCCUAGCGUUUAUAGUUCACCACACAGCGCCGUGUCGUCUCAUCGAUGAAGGCAUCGACCGCAGUCUCAGCAUCUUAGAAUGUCAAGGCAUAGCUGUCCGGACAGGCGAUUCCGAGCUCGAAAUUUAUAACAUUUAUAUCCCCCUGUCACCUGCUGCCCGGCAGGAUAUGACCCUGAUAUAGGUGCGCUCAUCAGAGGUGAAAACUGAUUGGUGGUAGGUGACUUCAAUGCGCAUCACGAUCUUUGGCAUUCAAGCCUGCCAAAUGAUCGUAGGGGACAGCAACUUCAGCACAGUGAACGACGACGCCCCCACCUGGGUAGUGGGCAAUUGCAGCAGCUCGCCUGACCUAACAAUAGCUAGCGCGGGUCUGAUAAAUAGCAUAACGUGGCGACCUAUGCUAUCGCUUGCAUCAGACCAUUUGCCGAUUAUCGUCUCGAUUGAGAGACCUGCCGACUUUGUUUCCGCGAAUCACCGGUCCUACUUUAACUUUAAAAAAGAUAAUUGGGCCGGCUUCACGGAAUUCAGCGAGGACACCUUCGCCGCUCUUCCCAUCCCCACUGAUGUGCGCGUUGGCGAACGCGCAUUCCGCAAGGUGCUCACAGCUGCUGCGGCUCGCUUCAUUCCAGCUGGAAGUUUUAAGGACAUUCGUCCCCAUUUCCCACCCGAAGCAGCCAGCAUAGCAAAAGAGCGUGACCACCUACUCCAGGUCGAUCCCGGGGAUCCCCGCAUAAGGGAUCUCAAUAUGGAGAUCCGGCAACUGGUAAAUCAACACAAGCGGACUAAAUAGGUUGAGGACCUGAAGACCUGUAAUCUCACCUCAGGGGUGAGUAAGCUCUGGUCCACCGUUAGGUCCUGUCGAGCCCGACGAAGCACAACGACAAGGUGGCUAUCACCUUCAACGGUUGCACUUCGUCGGACCGGAAGAGAUGUGCGAGCUAUUUAAGCCGGAUUUUUAUACUGCAUCCUCCGGGCGACAGA